AGGGCAAGUACCGUAUCGAUAGCUGGGUAUCUCAUCUCAGGUGCCCAGAUACUACAUAAGAGUAACUACAGAAGUAAGUACUGAUUGAUAACUGACUACAAACGCAACACCAAAUACUGUCACACGUAUGUAAUUCCGUUAUGAUCUUAUGUUCUUGGUUGAAACCACUCUAGAGUCAGAGCUGUACAUAUCUCCAACGUAUACGUAUACAUAACCAACCGCCUGUUGUCCAACCUCAUUCAGGGUUGAUUACAUGCAUGCACAGCACGACGACGAUGCUUUCCCCUUGACCGCGACUCGUUAGAUACCCACCGAAACUCAGCUGCAUGUGCUGCCGCUGCCGCCGCUCACCACCAUGAACCUGUGGCCAUCUCGCGAGCGCAACAGUAUCGCCGCUGAGAGUGCAGCUGCGCCAGACACAAACUCUUCCGCCCCUGUAGAUGUUGCCGACACAGGAGUAGCGGCAGAGGAUGCUGGCGAAGCAUCUUCGGCGUCGCCAGCCACAGCUGCCAACACAAAUACCAACACCGGCAACCUCCUGCGACCGAAUUUGCAGUCCAACACCAGCGUCCCCAGUCUGCCGCCUCCACCUGACGAGCCACCUCCGCCGCCCUCCCAGAUCCAAGGUCAGGUACAGCCUAAUCAACCGCCAGAUUCGCUGUCCCUCGCCCAACUAAGGAGGAUAGUAUCCGAGUUCCCACGAACAGGCGAUGAAGCUGCAGCCUACGAUUUCGUUUACGAGGACACUGGCCCGCAUGCUGAGGAAGUUGAUGAAUGGUUCGUGUACGGCCAGUUCUGGCAGUGGUUGCGCCUCAAUGGCGCGCAUCGCAUCUUCGAGUCCGACUGGGAGCAAUCGAGCGACGCCAUGGAAUGGGACGAUGCGGAUGCCGCCACCAAAUCGAGAUUUGUGCGAGGUGUGCUGCAGCAGAUUCGCGAUGGCCAUGACCAGUCAAGAGCGCAUGCCAUCAACAAGAUCAUGUACUUGGUCCUGGGACGAUGGGUUGAUACAGCGCAGACAGGCCCCUUUGCGAAUAGGAACAAUGGAGCAGAUGCCAAGAAAGCCAGGAGCGUAGCAACGUCAAGUCAGCUAGCUGCCAUGACAGAAGGUGCGAAGCUUGUGGCAUCGCUUGAUGGCUUGCCCAUCAUAUGGCAAGCUCUUCAACACGCCUUCGAAGCCUUAUGGACUUUAGACACAGCGAAACAACCUCAAGACGGCACGCAAGAGGCCCAAGAGGCCCAAGACAAACUAAUGAAUCUAAUGACCAUCAUGUAUAUUAUCAUACAAGAAGUUCUGAACGACCGUCAUGACAUGGUUGAGGUUCAAAACAAACUUCUUGAAUUAAACCCGAACAUAGCUGUCUUCAUGCUCACCUCAAUAGCAAGAAUCCGCUGGCUAGAUGGUGUGCCGACAUCCAUGACUCAAAUCCUUCUAUUAUUCUGGAAGUCUAUACUAUUGGUUUUCGGCGGUAUCAAAGAUAUCGACCAGACCAAGAAGGCCCUUCAGGAGACGCCUCUGGGUGACAAAGAUAAAGAAUUAAUCACUGCAUCGCCUUUAGACUAUCAUGCAUUCCGCCAGGAAAUCUCGUCAAAGUACCCAGCAUAUGUACCACCACAGCUGCCCUUACCUCUAGAAUCUAGUGACACGUCACUCCUACCACCGUUACCAAAUCAUCCCACGCGGAAUAACGGGUCAAAUGGUAUCCUGCCUGCUCCCCCGAACGCGCAAAAUGGCGGUGCUUCGAUUCUUCAUCAACCUGUCCAUAUCGCAACACCAGCUCCUUCGCCUCCGCCAUCUCCAGCUGUCGGUGGUAAGGGCGGAAAGAAGCAGAACUAUCAGACCAACCAGAACUUUCCCUUCAUGUAUCCGCCAUUGGAUGCUACUAGCAAUAGCGCGGGUGGCAAAGGUGGUGCUGGACUUCAAGAGCUUUUAGUAGGGCGUAGAUGGGAAGGUAGUGAUAUACCCGCUUCAAUCCUCGAGGCAGGCGAGCUCUUCUCUAACCGAGUGCGAAUGACUCGGGCCACGCGGCAACUGUGGGAAGAACGUGAGAAAUUCCUGAAGUUUGAGAGAGGAUUCGAUGGAUCAGACGACGAGAUUGACGACCUUGACCUUGAAGCUUUGUCAUUAAGUGACAGCGACGACGUUGAUGACGACAAGCUUCUCGCUACCAUCGAGAAGAGGACAGCCAAGUCGCAAACGCCUGCAAUUGAUUACGGCCUAGAUCCAGACAAUCUAGAUCCUGAGAUCAAGCAGCGUCUGCAAGUGCUUGAGAAUUUCUACGAUGUCACGCUGCCGCAUCUACAAUCCGUUGUUAUUGUGCUUAUGAGGGUCGUCCUAGCCAACGUGACUGCAUUUAUCACCAUGCCGCAGCGGGGCCCUGACGUUCAGUCAAAUAACAGUCGUCUGAACCAGAAUGGUGUACCGUUGUUCCGGUCCCAGGACGGUGGUGGCAUCAAUGGUUCUGGUCCUCAAGAUUCCUCUGAAAUGUCACUUGAAGAUUUGGACCAGGUUCGGGCUCGUGAGCUAGAAGGCAAAGCUAUCUCUGGAGUUCUCCUGCUGCUUCUGAAAUGGUUCAAGAUCUCCCAUGUUCUCAAGUUUGAGUAUUUAACUCAGUUGUUGCUUGAUUCCAACUACAUCCCGCUUAUAUUAAAGUUCUUUGCGCAUCAGGACGUCCAACAAGUGGUUGACAGCAGGGCGGAUCGUUUGGACCACAGCUUUUUCCAGUUUUGCAACCUUCGAGCACGAGGUGCGGGCGACAAGCCGGUGGACCCAACUGAAAUUGAUGGACUAGAUGACGAAAGCGAAGACGAAGCCGCACCGCCCCCUAUCAAACGAAAAAAAUCACCGCCCAGAUCAGGUGCUGGGUUUUUACCCAAUGGAGAGCAGGCAGCAAUGUCGGACUAUCAAGCCCCUACCAGGCCCGAGGUUGAUGAGCUGGGUUAUCCAGUCAAUCCCCUCCCGCAAGAGCCUAUCACAGAUUUCUCUCGCCGAAACUUCUUUACAUUGAUCAACUACCUGCGGAUUCUGCAGAAGAUCUGCAAGAAUAAGGCUCAUCGUAACCUAUUGCUGGUGCAGUACAAGUCUUCUAACAUCAUUCGCAAGUCGCUCAAGGUCCCACAGUCUGAAUUACGCCUUUACACGCUCAAACUAUUUAAAAAUCAAGUGCCCUACUGCGGCCGUAAAUGGCGCCAGUCGAACAUGCGUGUGAUCACCGCAGUAUACCUGCACUGUCGUCCCGAGCUUAGAGACGAAUGGCUUGCCGGCAGUGAUGUUGAUGCUGAAGUCGAAGAGGCACUACCACUGGAACAGGCUCUCAGGAGUCUGACACAUUGGUUCAAUGUCAGAAGACAUCCCGAACAGAUGGCGCAAGAGGUUAGGGAGGCGCUGCAGGAGGAACAGGACUUUUUCAAAAGAGAAUUGGAGAAGCUGGAAGUCAGCUGGGUGGACAACAAUGCGCAGGUCGACGGCGCUGAUGGCAUGUGGGACGGCCAGGCGAUGGGCGGUGGUUGGGGCUAGAAUUUCCAAACCGAGACGCAUGAGCCUGAGGGUAUUGACGCAUUGUGAUCUGACAAGCCAUGAUGGCCACCACGUGGCAGAAAAUACAUAGGAUAUUCCCGUAGAUCACGCUGCAUGGCUUCAAGCAUAGAGAACAGGCAAUGCCUGUUUCGGCCGAGAAAGCAUGGACUAAACACUGAUAAUUCUGGCACAGACCGGUCAAGCAACAAGCACAGGGGCUCCGUUCAUCCAUACGAUGUACGAAUAAUAUGCCUCGUGGAAGGCAAAUUUGCAGUGAAGGAGGAACGCACCUCAUGUUGGGCAAGUAAUGGAGUCAAAGACGCCUGCAAAUAUACUUCUUCAAGCACUUUCAGCAGUAUACGAGUGAUGCAGCUGCGACAACUGAA